CCCACGUGUUUUGCCUUUUUAAGACUUCUUUUUUAGAGGUUGCAAGAGACGAGAAUAGCAACAAAGUACAAAAUAAUAGGCCAAGAAAUGCGAACCUGCAUACAAGUAUCGUCACUGCUACCCACCAGCCCUAGCUAGCCCAAGCUAGCCCUGACCCAAUCAAUUUAGGGACGUAAUAGCCCCGCAUCAACCCCUGGAUUAGGUCGGUUUUUUAGUUUCCUCCACUAUUUGACCCCACAAAUCUUUUAUCAUGGUUCCAGAUUGAAUCGCAACUUUUUUUAAACCCUUCAACGUCAUUUCAUCCACCAUACGCGACUCCACGCGACCUCGUGAUAUACGAUGAAGCUGUGGGAAGAUACAUCAAAAUCGUGAUACCAUUUCCAUUUUAAUAACUACUCGACUUUCUUUAUUGGUGGUAUUCUAGCGCCAUGUCUGUCACUUUACAUACAUCGCAGGGCGAUCUCAAGAUCGAGAUCUUCUGCGAAAGCGUGCCUAAAACCGCAGAGAACUUCCUAGCUCUUUGCGCAUCGAAUUACUAUGACCAAUCCCCACUUCACCGUUUAAUACCAGGUUUCAUGGUCCAAACCGGUGGUCCUGCGAAUCCCACGCCAGAUAAUCCAAAAGGAGGACGAUCGAUAUGGGGCGGUACAUUCGAGGACGAAAUUCGACCGGCGCUUCAACACAAUGCACGAGGGAUCGUAUCCAUGGCAAAUAAAGGCCCCGGGACCAAUGGUUCGCAAUUCUUUGUCAUAUUCGACAAGGCGCCACAUUUGGACGGCCUUAACACAGUAUUCGGCAAGCUCAUAGGUGACGAUAGCCUUGUUACUCUAGCGAAACUAGAGGCGCUCGAAGUAGACAAGAAGAAUCGACCGAAAGAGAAGGUAUUGAUUGAUAAGGUUACUAUUCACGCCAAUCCGCUAGCGGGAUGAAUAUAAAUGCGCCUAUUUUGCGCCAUAAAACCAACGGGGUUGAAGGAUCCGGUUUCGGUAGCAUGAUGCCUUAGUUCCUAGAGCGAAAGUUCUAGAGACCGCAAGAACUGGAUAUAAAUGCCAGAGCAGCCCCGAAUAAGCCACCCAACCUGCUCCCUUCCGAGUUUGCGCCGCAUCAAACUCGGCUCAAGAUGGAUUAAGGCGUAGGAAAUUGUGUGCGUGCUCCAUGAGACAAUGAGUCUUAUAGAGAAUAAUCGGAGGUGAGCACUAUAUAUCAAUCGUGACUGAGAUAAGGUGAUCCGAAGAUAUGAAACCUAAGCUCUCCAACUGCAAAUCAUUUCAUUCCUAGAUGCACCGGUUAAUUCCGGAAUUCGCUUACGCGGGGUAAUGAUUGUUAUCACCUAUGAUUUAAGAUAAUAAUGGGAGAAAAAUAAGCAAAAUGCAGGAAUUAAAUGGGCACCAAGGAAUAACUCAGCACUUUAACGUAUGUGCAUUCGAUAUAUCUCGAUACUAAUACCUAUAGGUAUACACAUAAUAAAGCACUUGCUACA